CAUCAGGGUCACUGAUCAUCAGUGCCCUGAUGAUCGGUGCCCAGCAGUGCCACACACAAGUUCCGCCCACCUGUGCCCAGCAAUGCACCCACCUGUGCCCACCUGUGCCGCCCAGUAGUGCCACCCACCUGUGCCCACCAGUGCCACCCACCAGUGCCCAUCAGUGCAGCCCAGCAGUGCUGCCAGUCAGUGCCACCAGUCAUCAGUGCCACCUAUCAGUGCUGUCUAUCAGUACCCAUUAUCAGUGUCGCCUAUCAGUGCCACCUAUCUGUGACACCUCAUUAGUGCUGCCUAUCAGUGCCACCCAUCAAUGAUGCCCAGCAGUGCCGGCAGUCAGUGCCAUCUGUCA